AUGGUAUACGUAGUGAAGGGACACUACAAUGCGUACGCCUCGCGAGCCGUUGCAGCUCAGGAAAGAAAUGGAAUGAAUACAUGGUAUGGCGUGUUCUUGGCUUCGAAGCAGGCGACCCUUCAAAGCCAACAAAGCCAAGACGUGGGAAAUUCAGCAAACUCGCGGCGACCUACGCCAACGUACUCCAAGACAGGUUCAGGGGCGUUCUCGAAGCCAGUGGCUCACCUUUCCAAGUGGCCCAAGAACGUUUUUUUCGCGAGCGACUUCAUUGCCGACAAGGCGGCUGCUGCCGCAUGUCGCAAGCGUAGCACGGUCAAGUCGUCACGCGGGGCCGCACCUAGAUGCCGACGGAAUGCCGGCGAAGGCAAAGAGAUGGGGCGUGGUUCGCGGGUCCUGGGGGAGAAAGCACCCGUGACUCGGAUGAACGAAAACAGGAGUACCACCGUAUUCUGUACCUCCGGUGGUGGGAGGGCGUUUCAACAGAACAGCGUACGAAGCUCUGAGAACGGCGAAGGAAGCACGGGUGCCAGUGUUGCUUGUGACGAAGAAGCCUUAUUUCUCGAAGAGUCUGCCUCUGCGCUCUUGCUCUUGCACUCACGUUUCUUCGGCAGAGCGAGGCACCCAGACGACGUCGUGUCUAGCCUGUGCACGCUGUGCAGAGAGGCCGGGUGGAUGGGCAAUCCUCUCGUGGUAUGUUCCCUGGACCCUCUUGUUGUGGAAGAAAUCGUAAUAGAACGGUUGAGAAGAAACCACCACACCGACGUGGGGUGGCAACGCCAUAACAACAACAGCGGGGGAAGCAGUACACCUGCACAACACUACGAGGAUUACGACUUCUCUUUUGAAGAUUUCUAUCAAAUUCUGGCAGAUGUGGCCGGUCUGGUGUACUCAAUCGAGGCUCACGAAGAGCGACAACGCGCUAAGCCGGGCAGGGCGAUGCACAGGCUGCUCACGGAAGGUGUACUUCCUCUGGCCGAAGACAACCAACCGCGCCGUUGGUCGCCGAGAUCCGAGAUGCUCUUUGGCCGCCCCGCCCUCGCAGCCCUGCGCAUGCAACGUGACACGCUACGCGAGCUCUACUGCACCUACAACAAGGAUACAAGAGCAAGGGACGGAGCUAGCGGGUUGAACCGUAACCAAUUCCUAGAGGCGAGCGUUGGUAUGCUAACGGAUUUAGGCGUCUCCCCGGUGUCUGUCACGGAACAACACGCGGCGUCGGUCUUCGACGACAUCAUUCGCAACGGUCUACCGGUCACCGGACCGUCGAUUGGCAGAAGGCAAUCUUGGGGAGAAGGAACCGUCCUCGGGGCUAGUGGCCGUGGGGACCACUGCUUGAUGGCGGGCGAGAGAUACAGUGGGCUGCCUUCUUCGUCGAACAAGCCUGGGGGUGGUCGACUGUGCUGGAGUCUGUUUCUGGAAGCGAUGGCGGCGCUGGCCGUGGGGGCAGUCAAAAACGGACAAAGCGUGUUGCCUAGAAGGCGGCGGAACGGCCGGGACAGUGCGAACCAUGCGACGGAGAAGGCUUGGCACUCCGAUGGCACCGACUCUGAAGGUAGCCAUCGUCUUUACGAACAGUCCCACGGCAAGACGGGGCGUGGUUUGGUCCAGCAACCCCGCCCUCCGGAGAACCGGGUCACGCAAGGGGCUCCCAGUAAGGACAAGCGCCACGGAGUAGAUUCCCUCCUGCCAGAGUCACGUUACGCAACAACGGGCAUCGCCGCACGUACCUCCGUCGAUGCUGAGCAAAGCCGUGCACGCUACAAGAGUGAGUCGAGGGAAAACACGAAAUGGAAUGCCACAGACAGCGCAACAAGCCACGCAGGGGCACAUCCCAAAGAACGAUAUCAUCCGAGGUCCUCAAACAACGUCGACGCGGUAAUCGACAAAGGUCCGACUUCACGGCCCGUGCAUGCUCGCCCAGAGGAGGAGAAGUUUAGGGCUUCGGCAGAUAUGUCAGGAGGAGUUCGUGAAAGAUCACCGAUGUCUUCUGGAGCAAUUUGGGAAAGAUCGCCGACGGCCUCGGCGGCAGGCGCUCUUCUUCACGCCGUGGCCGCUCACGGGCGAGAGGAAGCAGUGGCCGGCAGUAGGCGGCCUGAUUCCGGACCAGCGAAGCGAACAUCGUCCGUGAUGCCAUCCGUGGUAUCUGCUGGGUCCAAGGCCAAAGGCCUCGCGGGCUCGAGCGAAGAGGUUCCAGGCGACUCGCGAAGCCGACAAAGUGUGAUGGCAACCGUCGACAGCGCCAAGGGAAGCUGCGACAAGCUAGCCGACGUCCAGGCGGCCCCUGUGAACGUUUCCUCUCCGAACAAUGUGUUCAACACCAAGGACGUUGCUGCACUGUCGCCGGCGCCUUGCCACGGUGGUCCGCCCUCUCUUGCGGUAUCGGCCGCCUCGGGGGGCUGCAGGUCACCGACCUGCCGUGUUGCUGUGGACCUGGGUCUGCCAUCACUCGAAGUGGAACAGGAAGGGGGCACCGCUGAUGUGAUCCUUCGCCCAGAUCCGGGAAAAGGUUCGGCUCACCAUGUUGCUCCUCGAGAAAGGUUGUGUGCGGGUGUGGGCGGCGCUGAAGGCUCGUACUGUAGGGCGGGUAGAAUCGAAAGUACGGUAGGUCGGGGUGGCGCCGAAAAAAGCAAGGCCCUACGAGGAAUCGACACACACGAUGAUCGGUUGAAGGGCGUGGGUCGGGCAGCGCGUGCAGACCACAUCAAGAUGGACUUCGAGGCGGCCGGCUGCUCCGUCGGGCUGUUCGAGGAAUUGCUCGAGCCAAGGGUUGUCGCCACCUACUCGAGGCACCAAAAAGAGCUGUUGGUAUUGUUCCAGCGGUAUCGAACCCGCUUCGGUGGCAAACAAAGCAGGCUGCUGUUGUCCUGCAGCGAAGAAACAUCCGGCUGUGUCAGUGAACAGGGGAUAUGGCGGUUUGUCAGCGACUUCCCGGUACUCAGGCGAUGGGUGCAAGGGGACAAUAUCCUACUCCUGAUUGUACGAGCUUCGCUUCAACGUGGGCGGCAGCGUUGCGGUACGGAACAUGCAGAAAAUUCGAUGGGGCUAAGCUACUUCGGCUUCCUGGAGGUGUUGACGAGGAUGGCAUAUGCUACUGACGGUGAGUGCUUCAACGCUACAAAGGAGAACAGACUAUUCGAGCGCUAA